CUCCACCUCCUCCUCCUCCACCGAAUCACAGAAGAAAACUAGAACAAAUACAGCAACCAAAUGCUCUGCAGCCCAACAGCAAAGUACCCCCCCUUACACCUCCAAAUAAACCUACUCCACCUCCAAAUAAACUUCCUCAAAUGCCAAUGGCUGCAGAACUUAAAGUAAGUAUUACAUCGUCAUUUUAGUCAUAUAUGACUGUUAGUAUUUACAUUUUAAAACUGUUUUAUUGAUGCUUAGACUUGGAUAAGACACAAACAGCAACCAAGUGCUUUAAGGCAGUCCUACAGCGUUACCACAAGCUGAUUAGGCAAGCAAAACAUUAACUGUAGAGCGAUUCUUGUUGAGCAACUUGUUUUUAUUUCAUUAUUACUUUGUUGAUGUUUUUCAACAAAAUUUUUGUUGUCUGUCUACAGGAGAAGUUCUCACAAUUCCAAAGUAGUAAACCAAGUAAGUGUUUAUGUCAUCCUGUAGUCAGACUACGACUUGGAGGCAGAUAGAUAUCUCUCAUAGCAGCUGUUGAAAUUUUAUCAUGUGGAACAAUCAUUGUCAAAUCUACAGGAAUUGAGCUAACAUGAUGCAGUUGCCAUGUUCCCUUGUCUCAAACUUUAGAUCUAAUGAUUUUCCAUCCCUCUGUUCCCCGGUCUCAAUCUUUAGAUCAAAUGAUUGUCCAUCCCUCUGUUCUCUUGUCUCAAUCUUUAGAUCGAAUGAUUGUCCAUACCUCUGUUCGUUUUCUUAAUCUUUAGAUCUAAUGAUUGUCCAUCCCUCUGUUACCUUGUUUCAAACUUUAGAUGCAAUGAUUGUCCAUCCCUCUGUUCCCUCGUCUCAGUCUUUAGAUGCAAUGAUUGUCCAUACCUCUGUUCGUUUUCUUAAUCUUUAGAUCUAAUGAUUGUCCAUCCCUCUGUUCCCUUGUUUCAAUCUUUAGAUGCAAUGAUUGUCCAUGCCUCUGUUCCCGUGUCUCAAUCUUUAGAUUUAAUGAUUGCCCAUCCCUCUGUUCCCUUGUUUCAAUCUUUAGAUGCAAUGAUUGUCCAUCCCUCUGUUCCCUAGUUUCAAUCUUUAGAUGCAAUGAUUGUCCAUGCCUCUGUUCCCUUGUCUCAAUCUUUAGAUCUAAUGACUGUCCAUCCCUCUCAAAAUUCUUUGUCUGGCUUUAAAAGCUUUAUUUAAAUAGUGAGGAUUUUUAAACAAAUGCGCGAUGCUUUAGGUACAUAUAGUGUAGAUAAUUUGCUUGAAUCCAAUGAACUCCUGACACUUUAUUCACAGUUCCACUUCCUAAAACAGACAAGAAACCACAACCACCAGCCAAGCCUGUAGAAAACAAACCUCAGCUUCCUCCUCGGGGCCAUGAAAAAUUACCCCCUGUACCUCCAAUCGAUACCACCGACAGUAAAUCCGAUGACAACAGUAGUGCAGGUUCUUCUUCUUCAGGCCCCACAUCAUCCUCUAAGUCGGUGAAAAUAGUUUCUCCAACUGGUCCAGUUAUCCGUAAUCAAGCGAAGGUGCAGGUUUUUCCGGCUCUGCAUGCUACCAUAAAGGUUCAGCUUAUUUUUAUUGGCACUAUAACUAUUUAUAGCAUUAACACCUCAUUUUAUUAUAAGCAUCCCUUUUCUAUUUGUCAUUUAUCCUGAAAUACUGUCAGUCAUUAAAACUUGAUUCACACUGCAUCAAGAAAUUCAGUGCAAUUGGGUCUAAUCAAACAUCUCCAUUUUUGUUGAGGAUCUAUCAAUAGUGAAUUAAGACCUGGCCCUUCUUUUGUUAAAACAAUAUUAUUUAAUUUUUGUUAAAAUCACUAUAAAUGUGAAUCUGAUGCUAAUUCUUAAUGUUUACAAAUCAACAAAAUCUAGCAUCAAUGAAAAAUGCAAGUUCUUUAUCAUUAUGCCUAAAUAUGUCAAAGUUAUUUCAUAAGUAAAGUAAUCAAUUAAGCAUUUUCUGAGCUUUAAAUGGAGAAAUUCAUUUCUAUCAACGUGUCUUCAUUUUUUUCAUAAAAUUCUCAAGCCAAAUCUUGAAGAACACAAAAUCUCACCAAAUGCUAUUUAACCAUACCUUUUUAUAUAACAAAUGCUAGUGUCUAUUUUAAACAGAUCUCUCUGAAGUAAAACACAAGUGCAAAGCUUUUCUAUCUUUCAAUUUACAAAGAUCGUCCUUGGCAUAAUUUUCUUCAUUUCUAUUUGUGCAUCCCCAUUGUAGUGGAUUAGUUAUUGCCCAUUGGUAGUUUUGAAUUUUCUAUUUAUAAAGAUCUUUAAAAAAAUGGGCCAGGGGAUGUUAAUUUAUAAAAUUUCUUUUAUAAACCAAGAGAAAAAGGAAUGAAAAUUAGCUGACAUUUAAGUAAAGCGCACUGGUCAUGAAAAAUGAGUCAAACGAUUUAGGGUCCAUUUUAAAUGGUGCAACAGUUACAGGUACAGACUCAGACACUGUUACCUCUCUCAAAACACACCAACUAUAAAUGCCUAUGUUGAAUGUAGUCAUAAACUGCAGACAGAGGUAAGUCUAAUAAAUUUGCACUCUGAAGCUAGCUUAGCAAUUUAGCUUUGAAAUGCUCGCUCUCUAUCAAUCUCUCUUCCAAGCUGUCUUAAAAAAAUUAAGCUGCAAAUAUCAGUGACACAAUUAAAAGUGCUAAGAAAGAUGGCUACCAAAUAACUGUUAACUAAUUAAAUACAUGCAAAAAGCUGAUAAAGCCUUCACUAAAUCUACUUAAAAUAUGUCCCACUGAAAAGCAUGGUAGAUCCAUUUUUAUCUUUCCAGCAUUUAGUGAUAUCAACUGCUUCAAGUAUAAUAUUUAUUGUUUUUUGUUUUGUUUUUUUAAAUUUAUUUUUGCAUUUCUUUUUGAAUGAAAAUUUGAUUACUUAUAAUGCUUAUUGAUUCUAGGAUUACUUAUUUGCAAGCUUCAGACCUUUAAUAAAAAAAUACUUGCAUGAGUAGUUAAUUCAAAUUCUCGCAUUCCUGCUUGAUUGUGAUUGAUAUCAUUAGCAAUUACCCAAUGGGAAAUAAUCUUUUUUUAGAGGAAAAAACUAUGCAUCCACCAGCACAAUUUUAAGAUAAAAAAAUUGAAACCAUGUGAAGCUCUCUUUGAGGAGAUAGAUUACUACUAUUUAAUAGAUAUGUAAAUAAUAGUAAUAAAAUCUCUAUUUUGCUUCAGCAGCCAAUGUUUAUCUUGUUGUUUUUUUUUUUAAUGAGCAAAAUGAAUACAAUUUGAAAAAUGUCUUCACUUUUUUAUUUUAUUUAAUUUUUAUGACUAAGUUGAUAUUGAUUGUGUUGAUGUGUCAUUUAAUGUAGUGGAGAAGUUUUUUUGGCAGUUUUUUGUUUUUUAAACAAAUCCUUUGAAGCUUAUUUAUCUUAUAAGGAAUCAAAAUAAAUAAGCUUUAACAGAUUUAUACAGCCUGAAAUCUAUAUUAUUUAUGUAAACAAAUUUCUUAGUUUGAAGCAUAUGCUUUGUAUUUUUGGUUAAUGAUUCUCUAUUUAUUAACUAGUUGACCUGUUAAAUAUAAAUAAAAAUUCUCACCUGUACUUUAUAAGAACAAUUGGUCUUUAUAUGCAAAUUUCUUUUAUAAGAUUGCUUAUAAGAUUGCUAUUUUCAAAGUAAUAUAAUAAAAAAAAACUGUAAACUGCUAUUAGUUUAUAGUUUAUACAAAUAAUAUAUUUUUUUUUACAAAAAACACUGAAAAAAUUAUCUUAGUAAAUGAGCCAUGUUUUUAUAAUAUAUCCACACAAAAUUGAAGUAUCUUGAGAUAUUUUACACUUUUGUCUUUACAUUAUUAUAUAUUUUUUGUUACCUGCCUAUAAUUACAUAUUUAUUUUUAGGUAAAUUGUAAAUAAAGCUUAACACUUGGAAUUAUAUUUUUUUUCAUGUAGAAAAUUGAAGAAGGACUUUCAAAAGUGCCUAUUAGAUUACCAAACCACGAGCCACCGGAGUCUGACGAAAUUUACGAUGAUGCAAUCACGGAGGCAAGUUUUUUUUUUUUAUGUUAAUAUUUUCUCCUAAAAUUUUUGUAAUGUUUCUGGGUCAUUCCUUCUUGGUUUGAAAAUUUAAAAGUGGGAGGGGGGUUUAAGGCAGCAUUGGAUUGAGAUUAGGAUGAUUAUUGAUAAAUAAAAUCUAUUCCCUUUUAAAGUUUUCUCCAUCAUUUCUAAGGAAUGGAUAAACUAAAGUGUAAGGAAAAAUUUAGGUUAAUGUAGACCCCUCAGCCGACGCCGCGCACCGAAUACGCCGACGAAUUUUCGUCCACCAAAAAAUCCGCCGGAAAAUAAACAGGUCAUUGUAACGUGAUGUUACGUAAUGUUUUUGCUUUCUUAAAUUUCAUGGCGUUCCGUUUUAAGGUAUCAGGUAUUGAGUGACAGAAACUGAAUGAAUGGGAUGCAUUCAUGCACUGUAUUAGUAGGACAGCAUAUAAAACGUUUUUUUUCUAUUGUUUGAAAUAAUAAAACUUUUUUUGAAGUAUUGUAAAAGUGUUUUAUUGCUGAAGUUUUAUUACUUCAUUAUUGACCAGGCUUCAGCCGAAUAUUUCGUAAUCAGUUGUAAUCCGGAUAUCAGCCAAAAAAUUAUGUCGGCCAGCCGAAAUUUUUAAAAAAAUUCGGCGGGCAGGUUUGGGUUAAUGUUUACACUUUAAAGUUAUUCAAGGCCUUACAAUUACUCCCCCCCUUUUAAAAAAUUUUUAAAUGUGAAUCACAAUCCUUUUUACUCUCCCCUUUCUUGAUUGGCAAAAGGUUAUUUACGUUCGAAUAUACUCUAAUUUGUUAUAAAGAGUGCUAAUCAGGUGAUGCAAUUUCUAGAAUUUAUUUGUUUGAGGAUUCUAAUUUUCUUCCUAUAAAUAAGGCGGCAGCUUUCUCAGCCGAGGGAGAGUUUUUUUAUAUAUUGCCUAGACAUUUAUGAGAUGUAAUAUACUUAUAAGAUUGUACUGCUUAUGUGUGUGUGUGUAAAUUAAACGUUUUAUUUUUCAAGGUUUGUACUUUUUCACUUGCUUAAAUUUGCAAAAAAACAUAUAAAUUUUGUGAAUCCUGCCUCUAACGAACAAUUUUUGUCAAUAAUUUAUAUGAAACUUUACAUAUUCAGAAACUGACAUCAUUUGAUUGGUUCCAUGGAGAACUUGACAGAAAAGAGGCUGAAAAGAGAGUUAAUCAAAUGAGAGACGUAUGAAUCUUAUUCAGACUUAAGUUAUAUUUAAAUACUCUUACAGGUAGUUUCUAAUCAACAUAAAACACAUUAAUCCCCUACCCAUUAUAUUAAAAAGAAGUCGCUUUCAGUCUUAGAUAGCACAAAAUAAAUCUACUUUUAGAAAUAUGCACUUUUAAUUAUCUUUUGUCCUAUCCCAAGGAGACUUUGUUAAAAGAUAUUCUCUUUAGGAAUUUUAACUAAUUUAUAAUACUAGUUGUGUAUUUAAGCAGUAUAAGUUGUCAUUUGUUAAUUAUUUCUAAAAACAUUGAGAAAAAAAAUGUGUUUAUUUAAAGUGUAAGACUUUCUUUAAUCUUUGAAAAUAUCAACUAGAGCUUGAAUUGUCUGUAAAGGGCUAAGUAUUAGUCUUUAAACAUGUAAAUAGCAGAGCUUAAAUUCUUUCUCAGUUAAAUGUGAUGCUUCAAAAUAGAUUUAUAUGCUUUAAACAUAAGUUGUUUUUUUAUUUGAAAAUUUUCAGAAUGGUGCAUUUUUGGUGCGUGCCAGCACUAAAGGAGAUCCAACAUAUCCAUAUGUUUUAGUAGUCAUAUCAGAGGGUAAAAUUAAGAACCUGCAAUUACGGCAACGACAUGAUAAACGCUUUGCUAUAGGCAAUUAUAAAGAAGAUGAAGUGGUGAGUAUGACUUUGACAGUUCAUUUUCUUCAGUGUGAUAUACAUCUGAAACUUCAAGACUUGAACCUUUUCAUGAAUAAUUAUAUUAGUAUGAGAUAUAAAAGGAUUUUCUAAUUCACCUAGAAAGUUAUCCAUUUAUUUGAUGAUCUGCAGUCAAAAUUUAUUUGCUUGUGACAGUGAAGAAAUUUUGAAAAAUGUCUGAUAAAUUGAAGAAUCCUAACUUUAUUUUAAGCUUAUUUCGAUAGCCAUGUUAUUAAAAUGAGACAUUCUUCUAAUAUUGUUUGCAAUCCCUGUAGAAGUUUGUGACCCAGUUUUAAAUCUAAACAAAUAUGGUAAACCAAAAUAGUUAACUAUGACCUUUGUUUCAAAGUUUUUACUUUAUCAAAAUAUAUAAUGUUGAUUUAUUUUCCCCAGUCAUUUACUAAUGUUCCUGAUUUAGUAAAUCAUCAUAAAAGUAAUAACAUUAAACUAGCUGAUGGAGGCACAGUAAUGUUGACUCGAACACCAAGAAAGUAAUCAGAAGCAAUAUCGGGAGUUAAACAGCCAGCGAGAAACGUACACAAUUGAAUAUAUUUUUUUUAAAGACACCAAUGAGUAUUGCCUCAGGUUCAAUUGAAAUUAUUUAUUAUUUUUAGAACCUUUUUUUUUAAAGUUGAUUUGUUUGAAAUUAUUAUCAAUUGAGACAGAGCUUCUAAGCAUGAUUUUGGAAGCUCUAUUCCACAUUUUGGUUUUGUGUCAUUCCCCCCCACCUGCAUUCAAAGUUGAUAGUUUAUUUUGCAUUCACAAAGAAUAUUUAGUUAAAAGCUCAACAAAAGUAAAUAAGAAAAAUAUAAAAAAAAUUAAAUAAUUUCAUGUUAUUUAAUGUUUUGCUCAUAGAGCGCUUAGCGGCUUAUGUAAGCUUUGAUCAAUUCAGCAUAAAUGAGCUGAGCAUGUAUUUCAUGUUCUAUUGAUAUCAUUGAUAAUCAACAAAUCCUCUCCUGAACUAUAGUUGAGAGUGUGUAGGAUUUGAUAAGAUUCAAUUCAGAGGAACAGCUCUCUCUGCUUGCAACACUGACAGGGAUUGAGAGGAUGAUUCAUAGAGCAACCAUCACACCUGCAAAAGCUCUGUGAGGUCGUAUGUCAGAAUAUAAUGACAGAAUCUCCAGCACUUGGGUUCAUUGGUCUCUGACUUUUCAUGUCAUUUGCACGUUCACCAUGUUCUGUUUGUGCAGUGGGCACAACAGCAUAAUGCUCCAGUAGGUUCUGAUUUUCCCAUUGUUUCAGCAAAGGAAUGUUGUAAAAGAUAUCACUGGGAAUGCUCAGCAUGGCAAACUGUUUACAUGGGGAAACAAGAGUGAUGUCAUGUGCAUGAAAGAAGAAUUGCACUUUGAAUUUGUGCAAAAGCAUCUUAAUAUCGGUAUCCAAACUGGGUGGCUCAUAUUGACGCCUUUCAGCUGUCAUCUUAGGUACCAUAGUGUGUCUUAUUCAGGGAUUCCCAGCUCUACUGGGUUCACUGGCCAUUUUGAUAGCAAUUCAACUCUUUGUGGGCUAUAUGUUGUAACACCAAACAACUCAAGUAAACACCAAAUAAACAAUAUACAGAACUAUUUAUUUAUUCUUAAUGUACACAAUUAUCAGAUGUUAAAAGAUACAUAAUGCAUGUGCCGCACACACAUAAAUAAUUUGUGUAGAUUUAAUUGAGAAUAACUAAAAAAAAUCAUUCAUUUACUAAUUUUAAAUGUGUGUUUAUAAUGAGAAAAGAUUUAAAAAGCACAAAUUAACUGAAUGAAUAACUUGUUCAUUUGCGAUACAUCUGGUGGCACCAUAAUAUUUAACGAGCCUUGCAGCAUGUGGGCAGCGGGUUCGCCAUCCCUGGUAAAAUUGUUAGCAUAAGUUGGUUGCUGUGUUGACUGCUGAUGAGAGGAUAGUGUAAAAUAUUUAGCUAGUGAAUGUAAUUUAAGAUACUUUCAAUUUAAUUUUUUUCUACAUCACACAAUUUUUAAAUAUUGGAGCCGCACGGGUUGCAGGGCUCAUACAACAGCUCUCUAGUACAGGAAAUUUCUUGAGAUAAUUAUAAAUCCUGAAAUUUCAUUUGUGUAUGGAUAAAUUUUGCAUCUGAAAAUGUUUUUGUCUAGUUGAAGCAUUUAUCUGAUCAAAUUAAUGAAACAAUUGAAAAAUGAUGUAACAAGUAUGUCAUAUGUCAGUUCUUCUUUUGAGUCAUAUGCUUAAUUAUUUAUUUCUCAAAGUUAUUGAUAUAAUAUAAGAAAUAUUUUUUAAUAGGUCAC